AUGGCGGGAUUUACGCUUGGCGGUCAGAUCGAGAAUCAACUCAACUACCAAGGUCUUGAUCUCAGUGCCGACAAGCUCGUGACCGAUGCGCUCAUGGGCGGAACUUUUGGAAUGGUAGGCGGAGGUGGUGUCGGACAUGCCGUUAAGGGCGCCGGAACUAUGCUCGCGAAAGAGUUUGGCUUGUUGGCUCUGGAAGCUGAGGCCGGCUCAGCGACCAAAACCGCCGUGACGGCCACCACAGGCCAAGCUGUCCGGUUUGAUAUCUACUACAACCCAUUGGCGACGCUUGCUUACACUUUUCCUCCCAGAGCCGUCAGCGACCAAGGUGGCAGCCCGAAGAUGUUUCCCAAGCCUGAUGAUGUAGGGCGACACGACGUGCUACCUGUGUAA